AUGUCCGAAGCAGAUCUUCUUCAACCCGACAAUCUUGUUCGAGACCGAUGGAAAGUAAUUAGUAAAGUAGGUGGUGGAGGUUUUGGUCAGAUCUAUGAAGCAUAUGAUCUUGUCAUUAAAGAGAAUGUAGCACUUAAAUUAGAAUCAGCUAAACAACCAAAACAAGUUCUUAAAAUGGAAGUAACAGUUUUACGUCGUUUACAAGGAAAAGAUCAUAUAUGUAAAUUUCUUGGUGGUGGAACAAAUGAAUUAUAUAAUUAUGUUGUUAUGACAUUACAAGGAAAAAAUUUAGCUGAAUUACGUCGUAGUCAAACACGACAAUGUUUUAGUUUAUCAACAUCAUUACGUAUAAGUAUACAAAUUCUUCAAGCUAUUGAAUCUAUACAUUCAAUUGGUUUUCUUCAUCGUGAUAUAAAACCAUCAAAUUUUUCUAUGGGACGUUUAUCAACAACAUGUCGAAAAGUUUAUAUGUUAGAUUUUGGUCUUGCUAGAAAAUAUACAAAUGCAGAAGGUAGUGUUCGAGCAGCUCGACCACAAGCAGGUUUUCGUGGAACUGUACGAUAUGCUUCAAUUAAUGCACAUAAAAAUAAGGAAAUGGGUCGACAAGAUGAUUUAUGGAGUUUAUUUUAUAUGCUUGUUGAAUUUGUUACAGGACAAUUACCAUGGAGAAGAAUUAAAGAUAAAGAACAAGUUGGACAAAUGAAAGAAAAAUAUGAUCUUACAAUUUUUUUAAAAAAUCUUCCACCAGAAUUUAAACAAUUUCUUGAACAUAUUCAAAAUUUACGUUAUGAAGAUAAACCUGAUUAUGAAUUAUUACAAAAUUUAUUUCAUACAGCUAUAACUCGUCGUGGUUUUAAAGAACCAGAUUUAUUCGAUUGGGAAACAGAAUCAAAUGGUAUUGAAAAUGAAACAAAUGCCGUACCUACUCCAGCACAACCUCCACCUCAACCGCAACAAGUUUUAUCUAAUAUCAAUAAUAAACUUUCUGCAGAAAUGACAAAAGCAGUUGUAACAACUCAGCCAUGUGGUGCAAGUACAACAAUCAAUACUCGUCAACAAGCAACAGAAAAUGAUGCAUUUGAUGAACGUUUAAAAUCACCAAAACAAACUAAUGUUAUGUCUGAUCAAUCAGCAGCACGUCGAGUUAUUCCAAAAAGUCUUGAUCGUAAUACACGACGUGCUGCUCAACCAACAAAUACAACUGAAAAAGAUAUUUCAUCUUCAAAAAAACAACAACAACAACGCACUCCUCUUACAACAGCUCAAAUAUCUGAAUUAUCUCAACGUUUAAGACGUUCAAAUCAAUCAAAAUCAACAACUGGUGAACCUUUAACACCAACAAGUAAAUUAAUUAACAAAGAAGAUUCACCAGCUAGUGUAUCACAUUCAGAUUCAGCUAAAGCAAAAAAUCGAUUAAAUCCAUUAAAAUCAUCUGAUAUUCCUAUUCUUGAUGAGUCACUUUCACCUUUCGUUAUUAUGUCAACAUCCACCGGUGGUACUGAAUAUGGUAAGCCACCUAAAACACCACGUUCAGGUCGAACAGCAACAAGUCGUAGUGAUGCCAUAGUAUCAACACGACAAAUAACGUCACGUCCAGGUGAUAGUGAAGCUAUGUCAAUACCAGCAGGAACAUAUGCAAUUAAAGCUGGUCCACAAACAGUUCUAUCACAAUGGGUUAUAUCACUUGAUGAACCUAUUGAAGAUGAAAUAAGUGAUAAUCAACAUAGUGCUAAAUGGGAAGAUGCACAAGAAAAACUUCAAAGUGCAACUCAUGAACCAUCACAAUAUCAUCCAGCAGUAUCUUCAAUAUCUGUACCUCUUGUGAAUAAUCCACUUAGUCCGUCCAAUAUGAACAGUCAACAAAUAACAACAGUUAAUAAUCUUCAAUCUCCUAUAAUUUAUGCUACUAUUUCUAAUAGUAAUAUUAAUGAUGGUCGAUAUCAACAGUAUAAUCGACCAUUAUUAAGAACUGUUGAUGAAAAUUCAACUAAAGGCACAAUGAACAGUUAUGAUGAAAAAGAAAAUAAACAAAAAGAAUCAAUUGUUUAUUCACAUGAACAACCAUUAAUUGAAACACUUCCAUUUGAAAAUUAUCGAACAAUUGAUAAGACAGGAAAUAUUUCAUUACUUCGAAAUAAUAAUUAUAUGAAUAUUAAUCGUUUAUCAAAUGAUGAAGAUGGCCAUGAUGGUGAUGUUGAUGAAGAUGAGGAAGAUGAUCGUGAACAAUCGAAAAGAAAAAAUAUUGAACAAAAAUUUUUACAACAGAGUAGGCAAAAAAAUCUAAUAAAUGAAUCUUUUUCUAGAAAUAUACCUUCAUCGAAAAUGAUUAAUACUUCGGUGCAAUCUAGCCCGAAUACAUCAACAAUAUUGAUGAUGAUGAUGAAGCAAGGAAAUGGAGAAAAAUCAGAAAUUUUAGGAGAAAAUCAAAUACAAAUAUCAAAAAAUGAAAAACAAAAAAAUGAAUAUCAUCCUACUGAUGUUUCAUCAACUAUUCAAUCAAAAUUAUCGGAUUUAUCAAUAUUACCUGUUGAUGAACAUCAACAAAAUAAAAUUCGUAAAUAUAGUUUUAUUCCAGCUCGAUUUUUUAAAACACGUUUAAUAGCUAAAUCAACUGAACAACUUAAUCAUUCAUUUAUUAAUGAUAAUCCUUUAAAUUAUACUAUUCCAUCAUUGCAAUCAAAUUCUGCAAUAUCAAUUCUUAAACAAAAUUUUCUUCAACAAUCUACACCAACAACAAGAAUACAAAGUUCAAAUCAUAAUGAAGAUGAGUCUAUUAUGAAUUCACGAGAUAAAAAUAAUAUUGAAUUAAAUAAUGAUCAACAACAUUUCUCAAACGGUGCUCGUAAAUCAUUAUCAACAUUUGAAAUUCAUCGUGGUGAUGAUUUUUCUAAAAAAUUAUCGUUUUAUGAAAAUAAUGCUUUUUCUAACAAUAAUAAUAAUAAUAAUGACAAUUCAUCUCGACGACCAAUGUUUCAACAAUCAUCAUCUAUUCCGUCUACAACAAAAUCUUCAAAUGAUUUUAUGAAUAUAUCAACACAACAAAUAUAUUCAAGACCAAAUCUUUCUACAACUAUAAAUGAUCAAAUACAACAUAAUAAGUCUUCUAAAGAUUUAUUAGAUCCACCUAUUGCGCAUCCAGUUUAUUAUCAACAACAACAACAACAACAGCCAUUAUCGUUAUAUCCGUCCACAUCUUAUUAUAUUAAUAAUACAACACCAACAAUAAUUGGUAGUAGUAUACUUGAAAAUGGACCUAUAGACUAUCAACAAUAUCAACCAUCAUCAUUAUCAAAUAAUAAUUUUAUUCCGGAUGAUGUAUCGAGCUCAUCAACAGGUCAUUUACCAAAACCUCCACCUGGUAUACCCAAUCAAAAUGCAAGACGUCGUCGUUAUAAAGUAGAUAAUAUGAAUAAUCGUCAAAAAGAUCAAAAUCCUGAAGGUUCAUCAGAACGUUCACCAAUGACUUAA